AUGGCAUCUUUCAUAAUACCAUUCAAAGCCCUGUUCUUCCUCAUAGUCGUCCUGUAUCAAAUCCCCUCUGUUUUUUCUUCUUCAUCCUCCAUUGCUGCAAAUGAAACAGAAACUCUUCUAAAAUGGAAAGCUAGCCUUGACAACAACACCCAAACUUUGCUCUCUUCGUGGGUUGGAAGCAACCAUUGCAACUGGGUCGGAAUCACUUGCAACAUGACUGGAACCAUCACCAAUCUAAGCCUUCCAGAUCAUAUGUUGAACUUGAAAGGUACACUUCAUAGUCUUAACUUUUUUUUCUUCCCUAACCUGGUGUCGCUUAACCUUCGUAACAACUCACUAUAUGGGCCCAUUCCCUCACAUAUUGGGAACCUUUCCAAGCUCACCCACCUUGACUUGUCAUACAAUACUUUUUCUGGGACUAUUCCCUCGGAAAUUUCCUUAUUGAAAAGUCUUGAGUUGAUUUCCUUAGCAAAUAAUGAGAUCAAUGGUUCCAUUCCACAAGAAAUAGGGAGGUUGAGUUCAGUUUCCAAGAUCUAUGUCUAUGUUAACCAUCUAAGUGGUUCUAUACCUGAAGAGGUUUGCAACAUUUCCAAGCUCACUAAACUUGACUUGUCGCAGAAUAAUUUCUUUGGAAGUAUUCCUUCAAAACUCGGAAGGUUGAGUUCACUUAAUAUGCUUGAUCUUUCAAACAACCAACUGACUGGUCCUAUCCCAGCAUCUCUGGGAAACCUAAGUAACUUGGUAUGGCUUUAUCUGUAUGAUAAUAACCUCUCUGGUUCUAUCCCCAACGAAAUGGGACAGCUGGGAUCUCUUACUACAAUGCAGUUGUUAAGUAAUAAUCUCACUGGUGUCAUCCCUAAUUCCAUAGGAAACUUAACCAAUUUGUUUAAACUUAUUGUCAAUCAAAACAAUUUUUCUGGUUCAAUCCCUGCUUCCAUAGGAAACAUGACGAAGCUUAGGCACUUAUACCUUUCCGACAAUAGUUUAUCUGGCUUCAUUCCUCCAACACUUAACAAUGUUACUCAUUUGGAAUCAUUCCAAAUAUCGGAAAACCAUCUCAGUGGUCCAUUACCCAAGAAUGUAUGCCUCGGUGGACAACUCGAAAGGCUUGGGGCUAUUAACAACAAUUUGAGGGGUCCGAUCCCAUCAAGUUUAAGAAACUGCAAAAGCUUAAUCAGAGUUAGGCUUGAAGGAAACCAGUUGACAGGAAAUAUAUCAGAAGCUUUUGGCAUAUGUCCUAAUUUGAAUUAUAUUGCAUUAAGCAACAACAAAUUUUAUGGUGAACUUUCGCCAAACUGGGGGCAAUGCCAUAAUCUAACAAGCCUACAAAUCUCCAAUAAUAACAUUUCUGGAAAGAUACCACCUGAGCUGAAGUAUGCAACUCAAUUACACGAACUCGACGUCUCUUCAAAUCAUCUCAUUGGUGAGAUUCCCAAGGAAUUGGGAGCAUUGACAUUGAUGUACAAACUUUUGCUAAGUGGUAACCAACUUUCAGGCAAAAUUCCACCAGAGAUUGGAGUUUCUUUCAAAUCUAGAACAUCUUAACUUGCAUCAAACAAUUUGAGACCGAUUCCUAAUCAACUUGGAGAGUGCUCAAAGUUAUUGGACCUGAAUUUGAGCAAGAAUAAACUUGGAGAAAGCAUUCCACUUUCAGUAAGCUACAUAAAUGGCCUUCAAAAUCUAGACUUAAGUCAGAAUUUACUUAUUGGGGAGAUACCACAAGAGCUUGCAAAAUUACAUUCCUUGGAAACAUUGGACCUUUCUUACAAUAUGCUCAAUGGUUCCAUCCCAAAUUCUUUUAAUAAUUUGCAAAGCUUGACUGUUGUGAAUAUAUCUUACAAUCAAUUAGAAGGCCCUAUUCCUAACAUUAAAGCAUUUCAUGAGGCUUCAUUUGACGCCUUAAGAAACAAUAAGGGACUAUGUGGUAAUGCCACUGGACUAAUGCCUUGUGCUGUCGCUGCUACUAGCAAUGGUCAUAGAAAAAGAACCAAAUUCCAAACAAGAAAAUCCGAGUCAAUCGAGGCACAACUUGGAGAUUUUUUCACAUUGUGGGGAUAUAGUGGAAGAAUACUCUAUGAGAACAUUAUUGAAGCCACUGAAGAUUUCAGCUCCAACAAUUGCAUUGGUUCAGGAGGCUACGGAGCUGUUUAUAAAGCUGCGCUACCCAUUGGUGAGGUGGUUGCUGUGAAGAAAGUUCACCAAUCUGAAGAUAGCAUGAUUUCCAACAACUUGAAAGCCUUUGAAAGUGAGAUUCAUGCUUUAUCAGAAAUAAGGCAUCGUAACAUUGUGAAGCUGUAUGGCUUUUGUUCACAUCCAAAGAACUCAUUUUUGGUUUAUGAGUUCGUAGAAAGGGGAAGUUUGAGAAUGGUGUUAAGCAACAAGGCCGAGGCAAUGGAGUUGGAUUGGGAGAAGAGGCUAAAUGUUGUAAAAGGAGUGGCCAAUGCCUUGUCUUAUAUGCAUCAUGACCAUUCACCGCCGAUAAUUCAUCGAGACAUUUCCAGCAACAAUGUUCUUUUGGAUAAGGACUAUGAGGGUCAUGUCUCAGAUUUUGGCACAGCCAGGCUUUUAAAGCCCGAUUCUUCCAAUUGGACCUCACUUGCUGGCACUUUCGGGUACAUAGCUCCAGAGUUGGCUUAUACAAUGAAAGUAGAUGAGAGAUGUGAUGUUUAUAGUUUUGGGGUGCUAACAAUGGAAAUAUUUAUGGGGAGGCAUCCUGGUGAUUUGAUUUCAUGUUUACCAUCGUCAUCAUCGGCAUUGGCAUCAACAUCAACAUCGAUACCAAAUGACAACCAACUGAUUUUACUUAAAGAUGUGAUAGACCAACGCCUCUCACCACCGGUAAGCCAGGUUGCAAAGGAUAUUGUCUCUACUACAAAGCUAGCAUUUGCAUGCUUGAAUGGCAGUCCCCAACUUCGGCCAACCAUGCGACAAGUUGCUCAAAGCCUUACCCAUGAAUCACUUCCAUUGCCCAAUCCUUUCUCAAUCAUAAAAUUGGGAGAAUUGUGGGAUCAUGAAGUCUGCAGUGGCUAA